AACGAAUAACAACAAAGAAAAAUAUCUAUUAAUAUUAAAUUGGACGCAACGCCAACAAAAUUAACAUAUUAAAAUUGUUUGAAAAAUUGUGCAUAUUGGCCUAAAGCACGUCAAAAAUGGCCAACAACUAUCUGCAGCCAGUAAAUAAUCAUUUUGAUAUAGAUAAGUUUGCGGAUGUUGACGAUGACUUGUUUUUGCGAAACACACGAACAAGUGCAGAAAACAAGGCACAGCGCAGUACGAAUCCGUUUGAAGAUGAUGACGAGAUAUCAACAUCGUCGUCAAUUGCAGCUCAAAGACAGGCGUACGCUGAGAAACGUAGAGAAAUUGAACAGCGUACGCUGGACUCAACGCAAAAAAGUUUGGGUUUACUCUAUGAAACGGAGGAUGUGGGCAGAGCAACAGCUGUGGAGUUAGCCAGGCAGCGGGAACAACUAGAAAAGACCUCAAAUCAAUUGGAUGAAAUAAACUCAACACUCAGAUUCAGUCAGCGUCAUUUAAAUGGAUUAAAAAGUGUUUUUGGCGGCCUCAAGAACUAUUUAUCUGGCAAUAGGGAUGCUCCAACGGCCACUGCCUCACCUUCUGGUAGUCAAAUGUCACAGGAGACCAACUCCAAUGUCAAUGCGAUGACAGGUGGUGGUGGCGCAAUACCAAAACAGCCGAUGUCACCAACAGAGCGUUAUGAUAAUCAUCCAGUUAGUCGUAUACGAGACGAUAGUAGUUCCUUUCAUCAGCGCCAGGCGCAGGCUCAGCAAAGAGCUGCGAAUCCCUUUCAGCAACAGCUGGAAUCCAAUCUCGAUGAGAUGUGUGACAAUUUGUCGCGCCUUAAGUUCUUGGCCACUGAUUUGGGUACUGAAAUUGAGUCGCAGAACGGUUUGCUGGACAAUAUGAACUACAAAAUCGAGAGCGUGGACAUAAACAUGGUCAAGCAAAACAAGGAAAUGAAUAAACUGCUAAAGAAAUGAAUAUGUUAUUUCGAUGUAUAAUUGGUACACCACAAAUGAUUUUAUAUAUAUAUAUACUUUAUACUUUAAAUUAGCGCGUAAAU